AGAUGUAGAAGUGUGUGACUGACGGCGUUGUGUGUGUUGGAGAGAUCUCGCGCAGGUCUAAUAUCUGAAUAUGAUCAGAGCUGCAUAUAAAGCAUGUCUGAUCGGAGGAAGCAGUGAGUGUAGGAGGGCUCUCGGUUUGGGCUGAGAGACAGAGACAGAGGACACCACAGAUGUGCUGCACUGAUCUUCGAGCGAGUAAUGAGUGUGUGAAGCGUUACUACAGCGUGGUUCUGUUUUGGUCCAGACCCACAGAGACCGAGAGGGACAUCCCCUUGAGCUGCAGGUGUUGAGCUCUGCUCCCGAGGCGAGAAGAUGCUGCAGCAGAUAUUGUCUGACAUGUUCAUCGAGCCCGAGCUGCUGGCCGAGCUGAACGAGGAACAGAAACAGAUUCUGUUCUUUAAGAUGAGAGAAGAACAGAUCCGCAGAUGGAGAGAAAGAGAGGCGCAGCUGGAGAAGGAGGAAGCUGCACGUGUCAAAGUCAAAAAAGUUUCAGGAAAGUCUGUGUCGUGGAUGAAGGGUCUGGAUGAGGAUGUGUGGGUUUGGGUGAUGGGAGAGCAUCCUGAAGACAAACCCUACGAUCAAAUCUGUGACGAGAUCAUGGGCGAGAGAGCAGCGCUGCAGGCUCAGAGAGAGGCCGAGAAGCUCCGGGCUAAGAAAGAGGCUGAGCUGGAGAAGCGCUUCUCUGGGCUGUAUGUGGAUCCGGAGCAGACUGUGUUGUCAGAGCAGGAGAUCCAGCGGAGGAGAGCGGAGGAGGAACUCAAGACACUGGAGCUGGAGGAGAGGCGUAAGGCCGAGGAGGAGCUGAGGAGGCUGGAGCAGGAGAGGAAACAGCAGAUUUACAUCAGUCUGAAGGAGGUGCAGAGCAGGAAACACACUCCAGAGGAGGAGGACAAGGAGUGGCAGAACACGUUGCAGAAGUCAAAAGCUGCAGACGUGCGCAGACGAUCUCUGGCCAAGCAGACUAUUGAGGACCACCGCAGGCGCUCGGUCAGAGCUCUGGAAAGAGGACGUGUAGCAGCCAUGACAAAGGCCUUUGGCAGCACAGAUCCAGCCCCUGCACCCAAACCCAGAAACACCAGCAACAACAGCAAAGCUAUCAGCCGGAAGGGUGGCAUGCGGCGCUCGCUGUCAGCGUCUAGUCGAGAUCAUAUUAUUCGCUGGUUCAAAGAGGAACAGCUGCCGCUCCGAGCCGGAUUCCAGCGCGACCAGAGCCGGAUCGCACCCUGGUUUCACGGAAUCAUCUCCCGUGAAGAGGCAGAGGCGCUGCUGGAGGACGGCGAGCCCGGGCUCUUCCUGGUGCGUGUCAGCGAAAGGGUCUUUGGUUAUGUGCUUUCCUACAGAUCCAGUGAGGGAGUCAAGCACCUGCUGAUCGAUGCUUCAGAGAGCUGCUACAUGCUGCUGGGAGACCAGAUCAGAUUCAGCUCGCUCACUGAACUGCUGGAAUAUCAUCAGGUGGAGCCGCUGAGCUCGUCUGGAGCGGAGGAGUAUCUGCGGAGAGCGUGUGGACAGAAAGCAGCUCCAGCGGAUUACACCGAUCUCUUCAGCUGAACACAGCACUGGCUCGGCUGCAUCAUGAUGCUGUUUAUAGGCACCGUCACGCUUCAUGAGCACAUUUUAUCUGGAGUUUAAAUCAAACAUUAGCCACCCUAAAGCAUGAGACUGUUGCUUUGUGUAACAGAGCGGAUGAAACAUGAAGUGAAACUGAGAAGUCUAUUUUUAUAAGACAGAGUACCUUAUGCAUUUCAGAUUUUGAUAUGACAAGCGGACUCUGCUUUUUAUUCUGUACUAACCAGCCGGUCAGUUAAAAACAAACCCACUGUCACAGAUGUUACUGGAGAUUAUGGAAAGUGUGAAAUCAUCAUGAUGUACGAUGAAGCAAACAUUAUUUUUAUUACAACACAUGUAGUUUUGCUCCUCU